AUGAUCACUUCUUCCAAUAGUAAUACCACGAUCGCCACACACUCAUACAGCAAGGAAUGUUCAAUUUCGUGUUGUACCUUCAAUGUUCAUUCAUUCAAAACUGAUGGCAAGGUUGAUAACCGACAAUUGGUAUUGAAUUAUUUCAUUGAAAAUCAAUAUGAUAUCAUCGGAAUGAACGAAGCCUAUGAAAAACUCAAGAAAAUCAAAAAAAAGUAUUUGAAAAGAGGUCCUGGAGGUCCUCGGACUGUCGUUGGGGUACAAUUUGAGGGAAACUCGUGCGUCGAAUUUGCAUUUGUCACUCAUUUGGAUUACAUUCAGGAAACGAUGAGGAUUCAACAAUUAGCAGAAGUGAUGAACUUUAUGGCUGAAUUUAUGCAAUUUGAUUUAUCAAGCCCGCAAAAAGCUCCAAAAUAUGUAUUGAUGGGAGAUUUCAAUGCAAUGAAUCGAAAAGAAUAUACAUCUGAUUUCUGGAAGUUUCUUCAAGACAUGAGAGACAAGCGAAAGUGGGAACCUGUGAGCAGUGAUCUUAUGAACUGUUUGUUUGACACAAGAAAUCAGGUUCAAAAACACCACAAGAUUUUGUCCAAAUUGGCCCAACAAUUAGCGAUCAUAGAUCCAUGGAGACAAAAAAACAAAGACAAGCUAUUUGAUGGAACACCAAAUACUUCAUCUUCUCGAUUUCACACUAGGAUUGACUACAUACUUUGCAGUCAAGCGAUGCAGACAUUGGUAAGCGAGAGCUAUAUUGACCUCAGAGAGAACACCUUACUCAUAUCAGAUCAUAAUCCUGUCGUUGUCAGAUUGGUCAGCAAAAAUGAUGAUAAUAUCUAG